AUGUUUCAAAUCGCUCGUGAAACGCUCUUGAUGCUCUUUCUGCUGUUGUUGUUGCUGUUAUCCUCCGGCAGCGCUGAGCCGUACGUAACGCAACUGACUGUGUUUGCCGAGGCAGGACGGAUGGAGUGCUAUCAUCAUCCGGUGGCUGCCACCGAAUACAUCUUGAUCGAGUAUCAGGUCAUCGAUGGUGGACAUGGUGAGGCGCAUGUGAACUUUAACCUGAUGGACCCCAAGCGUGUGCUGCUCAUUACGGAGCAGAAACAAAAUCGGGGCAAGCACAAUAUUACAGCCGAAGAGACGGGCAUCUACAAGUUGUGCUUCGACAACACCAUCAGCUCCUUCAAUCGCAAGAUAAUCACCUUCCACUUGGAGGUGGCGGCUGCAGACUUCGAGCGUCGCGAGCUGGAGCAGUUGCGCAAGGAAAUGCACACAGACUACCAUUUCGAUCGCGCCUUCACGGAUCUGCACAACUAUAUAGGCAAGAUUAAUGUGAACUUGAUGCGGUCGCGUCAGACGCAGGACUUCAUACGCGCCAAUGAGGCCUGGGAUCGCAACUUGGCCGAGUCCAACAACAGAAUGGUAAACAAUUGGUCCAUGGUUCAGUUCACGUCCAUGAUUCUUGUCGGCAUGCUGCAGGUUUUCAUGCUGAGGAGCAUUUUCCACACGGAUGGACGAAUGCACAACUUUUGGCGGCAGUUUUAAGGACAAAGCAUCGAAACUGGCCUACUGACUCAAUAUAAUGGACAGACUGUAAAGGUAUUCAGCCAUUUACCAACACAUUGACGUGUGCUACCCAGCGAGGGCAGUUUCAUGAGUAACAAUGUUUUGAGGUAGCUGAACUUUAAUAAAACUAGCUAGCUAUUUAGUUUAGUUAACAAAUA